AUGGCUGCGUCCACACCGAACGAUGUCGAGGCUUUCGGAGCAGACCUACCCAAGGACAUCCAGGAGAAGCACAACCUGAGGGAGAGACAUCACCAAGCUGUACCGGAAACCGACCACCGACGACGACGAACCAUGGAUUCUGGACGGAAACUCUUGCUGGCACUGUUGGUGUGCUGCAUGCUUGCUCUGGGCUUUGCCUCAGCUCACCAUGGCCGGGCAGGCUGUCACGAGGACGCUGUAGUUGACGUUGAGCACACCUCGCUGUCGUCUUUGCUCACCUCCAACUCGGCUGGAUCUCUGCGUGAGCUGUUGGAGAAGUAUGUGCCCGAGCGGUACCGCCAGCAAGAUUCGCAAUAUGCGAAACGCCAGGACGGCAACUCGACCGUCUCAGCCGCAGUGACCACUGCGGUGACGACGGUCUCGUCUGCUUCCGUAGUUGCUACCACCACUGUACAAACCACGCCCAGUUCGACAACCGCCGCAGCAACCACGCCGACGUCUGCGAGCGUUCAAACGACCGUUCAGACCGUGGUACAGACGAGCGUGCAAACGCAAGACCCAGCCACCGCGACCGUCACAGCUACCCAGACUCCCACUCCCUCAGAAUCUGCUGCUUCUUCUGUCUGCCUCUUCUUCAUCUUUACCUGCUACCUCUGCAUCUUCGUCUGCAACCCCUGCCUCCUCCUCCUCGUCUUCCUCAUCCAGUGCUGGGGAGACCCCAAGUUCUGGGCAAUCUUCCAGUGUUUCCAGCACAUUGACUGGCACCUCAUCUGGUAUGUCGACAUGAUCAUUCUCGCCUAUGGCACCUUGGUGUCAUGCCUCAUCAACAUCACAAGGCACUACUCUGGACACAUCCAAGGCGAGCCCGACGGUGACCUCAGCCACAAGCAAGAGCGCAACCCAUGUGUCGUCGAAGAAGGUGGUUACCACGUUCACAUCAACCAUGCCAGAUGGGGGUAUCUCAGUCGUGACGCAAACCUCUUUCUCCUACGUCGACGCUGA